AGAAGGAGGAUCUAGGAGAAUGGCCUUGGUUGUAGGACUGAUCUCAGGGACUAGUAUGGACGGCAUUGACGCUUGUCUAGUGGAAAUCAGACCUUCUCCUAACACUGACGAAACAAUAGAUGAACAUGACCUUGAAAUGAGAUUGCUGCAGUUCCUGACGAAACCAUACCCUCCAGCUGUAAGAGAAGGUCUGGUGAGACUGUGCAGUGGAGGAGAGGGAGAGAGAGGAGUACUAGGUGAUGUGUGUCGCUACAACUACCUCCUGGGGCAGCUGUUUGCUGAAGCGGCUGAUGAGGUGGUGACAAGAGCUGGACACUCAAUGAGCGACAUCACUGCUAUUGGAUCACAUGGGCAGACAGUGUGUCAUCUCCCGCAGCCCCGCCCCCUACUACAUGGCUACUCAGUCUCCUCCUCCCUCCAGCUGGCCGAUCCAGGUGUCAUAGCCGGCAGGUGUGGAGUCACUACCGUGGGUGACUUCAGAGUUGCUGAUAUCGCUCUUGGAGGACAGGGGGCUCCCCUCAUUCCCUACCUCGACAAGACAAUUCUCCAGAAACACCACACGAAGACAGGUGGAGUGGGCAUGCUGCUGAACAUUGGUGGAAUCAGCAACAUCACAGCUCUACUGCCAGUCUCCCAGGAACUCAUUGGGUUUGACUGUGGCCCUGGGAAUGUCCUGAUUGAUUCUAUGAUGAAGAAGUUGUACGGUGUGGAGUUUGACAAAGAUGGACUGAUGGCACUAAGUGGCUGUGUUAAUCAACGUCUUCUCGAUGCUCUGGUUAUGAAGACCAGAGACUACACUGACAGAGAACCACCAAAAUCACUGGGGAAAGAGGAGUUUGGUGAGGAUUAUGAGGAGCUGAUAUCUGCCCACAGGACAGAUGGAGGUCUGAUGAGUCAAGACAUCAUCGCCACUCUUACUGAUUGCUGAAUCUUGAAUCUGAAACGUCCAAGAGUUCACAGCAGUCAUGGUGGCAGAGAGCUACCAUCGGUACAUACGACAACGUCUGGACAGAGAUGCUACCGCAGCCACUGCUGCUAGAGAUCUGUUUGUCAGUGGAGGAGGAGCCCACAACCCUGCACUCAUGAGAUCUCUGGGAGAUCGGCUCCCUGGAGUUGAUGUAGCCACUACUGCUGAGCUGGGUGUGGAUCCGGAUGCCAAAGAGGCCAUGUGUUUCGCUCUCCUCGCCCACCAGACACUGCGGGGACUUCCUACCAACGUCCCUGGUGUUACUGGAGCCAGUAGGCCAGCUGUACUGGGCAAGAUAUGCCCUCACACUGUACACCUCAAUACACACACUAGUCCAUGAGUAUUCAAUUUGAUUUGACGUUCAUUUUCAAUCUGCUGCAAACAAACAACGAAUAUGCAAAAAUAUUUUCUUCAAAUCAAAGACUUGUGUAUUUAUAAGGGUUUGAGGUUUUUGUGUCUGCAGAUCACGUGAUAUUCUAUAUACCUGCACCAUCCCUAUAUCAAGUUGUCACUAUUUGUUUCUGGUGGGAUUGAUCAAUAGUAAUAAAAGCAAGGAAGAGUAUGUGUUUAUUAAUAAUUUAGAGGAUCAUGUGAGCUGUCAUGUGAUGAAAGCGAGAGCGAGACCAGUUCGAGCGGUGGCCACCAGUUUCCUUCACCUUGUCCCUCAGCUUCAGUCGCAGCAGACUCUUCAUUCUGGUGAUGUCAUUGCUGCCACACACAACCAGGGCCAGUGUGCCACGAGGAAGGCUCACCAGGAAGUCCGUCGCCUCACUGUCCAGCUGGCGCAGCACUCGAUCUCUACUGUGCUCCGGAGGAGCCUUUGCCUUUCCCUUGAUCGAGUCUUCGUAGCUGUGCAACUGGAGAAAGGUGAGGUCAUGAGAUGAAACUGCGUCCCUCCCCUCCUCCAACACCUCCUCGUCUCUCGAGACAGUGUAGUGACUAGCCAACCCUCCAAAUAACUUUACGAUGCUACUGCGAUCAACUAUGGCCGUCGGUCGACCGCGACUAGCUACUUCGCUCAGUAUGCUCCGAUCUGUCUUGUGUAGCGACAUUUUGUCUCCCAGUUUCAGCUUCCUCAGCACCAGUUCCAUGCAAGACUGUGCAUCUUCAGUGGGCGAGUGCCCGUUCGUCCCAGUCUGUAUCUCUUUCCCGAGAAAUCUCUUGGCCAGCAUGCGUAGUUUGGGUUUGAACCAGUUAGUCAUGGCUUCAGGGGGGCCCUGGAAGAGGCAAGACGUGUCGAUAACAAAGGGAUGGGUCAUCUUGAGAGCACGGAAAUCAUUCUCGAGCGAGUGUCCGAUCAAGAUACAUGGCUGGGGUAGGAGGGUGCUCAGGUCUUUCUGAACCUCCGACAGAGAAGUGGUGACGUUUUUCAGAAUUUCUUGUGUGAUCCCGCUGAACUCCGUCUUGUAGUCCAGUACCGGAUUGUCCGGUUUUACCAGUUUGUCGUAGACGCAGACCAGCUUUUCGUCGACGACUGACACCCUGGCGAGCUCGUAUCCAUCUUUCGUGAUGACCAUCUCGCAGUCCACGGCAAACAUGGGGCAGCUGUCGGGGAGGGUCUGCCCUGGGCACCAGUCCUCACACAGCGAGACAUAGUCGCUAGUGUUCUGUAUAUUCUCCUCCAUUUGGAGCUCCUGCGGGAGAGGGAAUUCAUUGUCAUUCAUGUCGCCACGCUCAAAAGAUACCAUAGUUUUGUCAGAGCCUUCCUCCCCACCUCCCCUCCUCCUCCCUCCUCAGUCUCGCCGGGGGACUUGAACAGGAAGGCCUCGAGACCCAGCUUUGCGCUGGACUCGGUUCCGGGGUGGUUCAGGAGGAGUUGAACCGAGGGAGAGAGGGAGGCAAGACCGGAGAACAGGUCCGGACGAGAGAGAAACAUUUCAGCCGACACCAUCGAGAGCCAGAGGACAGCCACGUCGUGAGAACGGAGCUCGGCGAGCCUAGGAUCAGGGGGCGUGUCGUCUCCAAGUAGGAGGUGGAGGAUAGCUGCCUGGAAUGCUGCUGUUUUGAACAGAGGCAGAGUACACUCCGGUGGAGUAGAGUGGUUGGCAGUCUGGGGCAGUAGGCCCACAGCAGUAGAGGUGGGACUGUUGGUAAAGGAGGAGGAGGAAGGCAGGAGAGUUGCCAGCUGGGUCAGUAUGGCUCUGUAGUCUGAACUAGGUGCUCCUCUGAUCUUCAAUUUUACCAGCCGUCCCUCCUCCCUUGCCAGUUCUCCCACGGCUUGUUCCUGUUUGACCAGCUCUAGCACGGUUUUGUCCUGUCUGGUCAGGUUUAGCUUGGCUUGGUUCUGUUCUGCAUGUUCUCGUUUGGCCAUUUUCUUCAUCUUCUUUCUGGCCCUUGACCUCGACUUACGGCUGGUCCCUUUGGGGUCCACGUCACUGCAUCCUGCCUCGUUCCCCACAGGCGGCUCCUUCUUGGCCUUCUUGGAGAGUGGCGGCUUCGCCUCUUCUUCUUCUGAGUCGCUCAACUCUCCCUCGCUCUUCUCCAUGUCGCGUC